AUGACCCAGCACGAGCAUCCUGUUCAGACCCCUCCCCGGGCCCCUUCGCCCGUUCAUCGAUUCGGUACCCUUGCCGUUCAUGCUGGUGCCCCGCAUGACCCCCACACUGGAGCUGUGAUUGAAGCUAUCUCUCUCUCAACGACCUUCGCACAGACGGCUGUUGGACAGCCGGUGGGCGCUUAUGAGUAUACUAGAAGCUCCAAUCCAAACAGAGACAACUUUGAGAACGCUGUUGCUGCGCUUGAGCACGCCCGCUAUGCGCUUGCUUUCUCUUCGGGCUCCGCCACCACCGCCAUCGUCCUGCAGUCCCUGGCUGCCGGCUCCCACGUCGUUUCCGUCUCCGAUGUUUACGGCGGUACCCACCGAUACUUCACCAAGGUUGCUGCCGCCCACGGCGUCCAUGUGACGUUUACGCCCAGCAUCGAGCUCGACAUUGAAGAGCUCAUCCGCCCAGAGACAAAGCUGAUCUGGAUUGAGAGCCCGAGCAACCCGACUCUGAGCUUGGUGGACAUUCGAGCUAUUGCGACUGCGGCCCACAAGCAUGGCAUUCUCGUUGUUGUUGACAACACUUUCCUGAGCCCCUACGUCCAGAACCCUCUGGACCAUGGUGCCGAUAUCGUUGUGCACUCAGUGACCAAGUACAUCAAUGGCCACUCUGACGUCCUUAUGGGUGUUGCUGCUUUCAAUUCCGAUGCGCUCAAGGAGCGCUUGACCUUCCUCCAGAACGCGAUUGGAGCCGUUCCUUCAGCCUUUGACUCUUGGCUUGCCCACCGUGGUCUCAAGACUCUCCAUCUCCGUGCCCGCGAGGCCACCACCAAUGCCACUUCCGUCGCUCAGGCACUUGAGGCUUCGCCCAACGUCAUUGCCGUCAACUAUCCCGGUCUAAACUCCCACCGGCAACGCGCCAUCGCCAUCAAGCAGCACCGCAAGGGUAUGGGCGGCGGUAUGCUGAGCUUCCGUAUCAAGGGUGGAAAAGAGGCCGCCGAGCGAUUCUGCCAACACACCAAGAUCUUCACCUUGGCCGAGAGUUUGGGUGGUGUCGAGAGUUUGUGCGAAGUCCCUAGCAGCAUGACUCACGCUGGUAUUCCCAAGGAACAGCGUGAGGCUGCUGGUGUCUUUGACGACCUUGUCCGUCUCAGCUGCGGUAUCGAAGAUGCCGAAGACCUCACGGCUGAUGCUCUCCAAGCGCUGGAGAAGGCUGUCAGCGGCGCCAAGGUCAACGGCGUCAACGGUCACGCUUAA